AAGUGAGCGGCAGACAGCAGGUGGCGCUGUUCUCAUAUGUGAGGCCGUUCCACGUUAGCCGCUCUAUUGUCUUUUACUUUUAGUUUCGCUGCCUGACACGAGGAGAGCGGCUUCCUGGUUGACUGUUUGUGCCUGGGGGUUGCCGCUCGCUGGUGAAUAGAAGGAUGAUUUGCUGGCCUCGCCUCGUGCUUUUUGGAGACUCAAUUACUCAGUUUGCCUUUGAAGCCAACGCAUGGGGAUCAGUAAUUGCUAAUAAACUUAUCAGAAAGUGUGAUGUCAUCAACAGAGGUCUUUCUGGCUAUAACACAAGAUGGGCCAAGAUCCUGUUACCCAGACUCAUCUCUGACACUGCUGAGAAACCAGUUGCCAUUACCAUAUUCUUUGGUGCCAACGACAGCUCUUUAAAAGAAGAAAACCCCCAGCAGCAUGUCCCCUUAGAGGAAUACACUGAGAAUUUAAGGUGUAUGAUCCAGUACCUGAAGAGCAUAAACAUCACACAGGAUAAGAUCAUACUGGUCACUCCCCCACCAAUAUAUGAGCCUGCCUGGGAAGAGCAGUGUCUACUGAAAGGCUGUAAGCUGAACCGUUUGAACAGCGCUGCUGGUUUGUAUGCCAAGGCCUGUGUACAAGUCGCCAGUGAAUGUGGCACUGAGGUGGUGGAUUUGUGGAGCCAAAUGCAGGAAAGUGGCCAGGACUAUACAGUCUAUCUCUCAGAUGGGCUGCAUUUAUCAAGUGAAGGCAACCAGUUUUUAGAGUCCAGUCUAUGGCCCAUUUUGGAGAAGAAACUGUCGUCUCUGCCCUUUAUGUUGCCAUAUUGGAAUGAUGUGGACAAUGCAAACCCAGAAGCCUCGCUCCUGCAGGAGUCCAGCUAACAAACACUCCUCUCUCUCUCUACUAAUGUCUGUGCCUGGAGACAGAGUAUUCCCUAUAUAUAAGCAGUCUAUACAUAGAGACAGAUAUAACAGCAGGAGGGGACAGAGUAUCUUGU